AUGUCAGACUCACCACCGGUCAGUGAAAAUGGUGACGAGCACGCUGCCCGUGCUCUUAUGGUGCUGUCCUGCAUCUCCUCAUUCCUGGCAUCUGUGUUUGCUGUGAUGGGGAUGAAAUGCACCCACUUUGCUCAACGUUCAGUGGUCAAAUCACCCCUGCUGCUAAGCGGAGGGAUCGGCUUCCUCUGCGCCGGCCUCCUCUGCCUGAUCACAGUUGCCUGGACCACCAACGAUGUGAUCCUGGAUUUUUACAAUCCCUUCUAUGCCAGUGGGAUGAAGUAUGAGAUCGGCUUGGCUGUGUAUCUUGGCUACACUUCGUCCUUCCUCAGUCUGAUCGGUGGGUCUGUGCUUUGCUGGAGCAGUGGCACUGGCAGAGAGAGAUCGCAGGGUCCCCUCCGUGUGCACAUGAGUCAACCUUCAUCCCCUCCACCUCCCUUUAACAACACAUACCUCCCUGCUCCACUCUACAGGCCACAUGAGGCCCUGAAGGAUAAUCGUGCACCUUCACUUUGCUCUCUUUCCAGCAGUGGCUAUAGGCUUAAUAACUAUGUCUGAAAACAUGACUAAAAAAGAAGCUAUAAUAUAUAUAACCACGUUUUACCAAAAUCAAAUAUUUGCAUACGAAGAAAACAUCACCUUUGAUGUUAAAGACUUUUUUCCACUACCAAAACAAAGCAGAACCCAGAACUACAGUCUGCAGGACAGGAAUGCCAGGUUCUGUUGUGAUGCCUCUGAUUGUCCAGGAGGUGGCAGCAUUCUACAUAAAAACAAUAACAGACUCUACAGCAGUGAAUAAAUAAUUCUGUCACUUUCUUCUUGUGUUUUUAAUGUUUAAAUUUAGCAGAGAUGAAACAAAAUAUGAUACAUGCUUUAAAUAUUUGUUUCUUUAAAUGAAAAAAGAUUUAUUUAUUUAU